UCAUUAUUUGUCAUUUCAUUAAAACGUAGCCAUUGUAGAUAUACAUUUGCUUUUAUGAUAAUAUUUCUGUUUGGACAAGUUUACAGUAAUUUAUUACUUGUGAUAUAUAUGUUGUUUAGUUUGAAAUACGUACUAAGAGUAUAAAAAUGCCUCUUGUCGAUAUUACGAAUCCAGAUGUAAUAAAAUUUUUAAUCGAGAACUAUGACAAAACAGCGCUUUUGCGAAUGAAAUGGAAUCGUAUACAUUCCAAUAAACUGAAAAAAGCCGCUACCCUCAAUCGAGAGCCAAAAGAUUAUUUUGAAUCAGACGUUUUAGAAAAUGUAAUGAUAGGAGGGAUGGCAACCAUAACAAGAGAUCACGAGGUAGCCGGAUACAAUAGAAGACGUAAGCCUAUACGUGAUGUAAAAGAGAUACCAGGAAUAUCGUUUAUCAAAAAAGGUAAUUCUAUAGUAGACGUCGGCCUGGGCGAUCCUGCUGAAGAUCCACGACUGAAGCGAUCAGAUACAGAUCUUUCGGCUGAUCCUAUAAUGAGACCGGUUCCCCCAGAACAGAAGGCUAUAAUUUACAAGGACAUACCGAAUUUCGGAAGAAAGGUAUAUCUGUCGAAGAGAAGCAAAAUAGCUCCAGAAGCCAAAUACUACUUUAAUGAAUGUAGCGGAUGGGUAUAUGGAUGGAGAUUGGAAGACAGUUUCUUUAGAAGAAACCCGCAUAGGUGCGGCCGUGUGUGGCGUUUAACCAGAGAUGUGAAAAGUCGUACUGGACCUCAUCCAGAUCCUGACCAUUACAAAGAUUCAGACCCUCCAGGACCUACAAAAUGUUUGAAUUGAUUACUUUACAAAUUUUUUCCUUCCUUUCAAUUUUCGUACCUUGAUUAUAAGUAUUCGCUCUGUCUUCGACAUCAUCGUCAGCAACAUUGCAUGUGAACUAUACCUAUAUUAUAUUAAGAUCGUCAGGAUUUUCUUUGUCGAACUAGAUCAACAAACAAACUCACAGACAUCAUGGUGUUGAUGAUCCUGAUAAAUUUUAGGCCGAUUUCCGCAACAGUUUCUGCUAAUAAAUUACCGAUACGCAUGCCUUACUUAAAAUUCAAAAUAAAACAUAAAAAAUGAAUCACUAAUACCAAACGGAUAACUUAUUUUCUAAAUAUAGCUUAAUUUUGAAUUACCUUGGAUGAACAUGCCAUCACAGACUUUGAAACAUUAAACUUGCAAUAUUAAUUAUAUUGCUUAACGGUUGUACUAUUAUUCUUCAAGCCGAAACGCAAAAGUCCGCAAAACUGCUACAUAUAAUUAUGCAAUACAAAAGAGUUCGCUGAGUUUGUUUUGCUGAUUCAUCUCAAGAUUGUGGAUUCUUUUAGAAUAAAUUUGGAUAUUCAACAAGUACUAUGAAGUCAAUCUACAAUGAAGUUUAAGUUGAAAUUAAUUUAAAUGUGCUUCGCGGCAGAAAUUACCGCGAAAUUAUAGUGGUACUUACCCGUGCACACUCAUUAUACCACUUAGCACGAGUAUAUACCACUCAACUCGACUUGGGCGCUUGGGCGCAGGUUGUUGAGUGACUAGGGUCUUUAUUGUCGAUAUAUCUCACCUAGGUGGAAAUCCGGCAACUUUCUCCUAAUCAUAAAAAAUCACUUAAGGCUUCGUCAAACAGAACGCAUAAUUAGCGCACGUUAGAGCGCUACGCUAUGACGCCGAGACGUGUUGUACUACAAUGGUAAUAUACUGUCAAACAGAGCGCCAGCGCUAGCAGUCGCAAUGCUCUGUCGCGGCGUUAGGACGCUUUGACGUCAGGCGUUGUAAUUUUUUACAAAUUUUAUUUUAGCGUCCGAGUGAAUGUGUGUUAAAAUACUGGAUAAUGUCUGAAAAAUUAAUAGAAUUAGUUAGGAAAUACCCAUGCUUAUACAAUACGAAGGAUAAUUCUUAUAAAAAUGUAACAAUUAAGAUAAAAUUGAAGGAACAAAUUUCUGUGACCGUGAUAGAGCAUAUAAAAGUAACAAUUCUUCCACAUCUGAAUCACUCGACAUCUUUUAAAUUUUCACACUGCUAUCGAAAGGCGCUAUGAUUUGGCGAAUGCGUUGCGUCAAGGAGCGUCGGACUCAAGUCAAUUUGUGUGACAUGACACACGAAGAGCGCGACGUUAGAACGCGACGUUAGAACGCGACGCUAUAACGCAGCGCUAAGUAUGCGUUCUGUUUGACGAAGCCUUUAUACUAUCGCUAAACUACGGUACGGUAAUACAUCAUUAUGACAUUAGUUAAACCGAUUAACAUCCGCUUAGGUCACGCUCAAAUCAUACGGUCUAAUAGCAAUAACAUUAUCGUUGGUGCUAAUUACCCGCCAAAAGUCGCUUGUCAACUAAAGUCGAACGAGACUAAUACCGCAACUAGUCACAGUAUCAUUGUUAAUCGACUCCCAAAUUAAUCAGAAAAAACUUACCGCCUUCAGUUUAAUAAGCUAUAUUUUAUCCGCAUCGAUUAAUUAUCUACCGUCGACAACCAAGUGCAAUAAAUGUUCAUACUCAGUGAAUUAUUUUAUUGCAUUCGUAUCAGGCGAUACCACGGUGUUCGAAUCCAGUAGGCAAGUCCCAAUUUUUCUAAUAAAAUACGUACGAUUAACUUCCGCUGUAAAAGAAUAAUAUCGUAUAAUAAAUACCAAACCUGCAAAAUUUUAAUUUGCGUAAGUAAGACGUAUUCUGAUUCCAUACGGGUAGGUACGCCGCCCUCCCUAUAUCUGCCAUGAAGCAGUAAUGCGUUUGGGUUUGAACGGUGGGACAGGCUUUGUACUGUAAAACUUAAGACCUUCGAACUCAUCUCUCAAGACGCAUAGCGGCAUUCACGUUAAAGAUGUCUAUGAGCCCCGGUAACCACUCAACACCAGGUGGGUCGUGAGCUCGAUCACCCAUCUAAGCAAUAAAAAUAAUUAAGAUAUAAAUUGGGUACAUAAUAAUAUCUAAUUGCGAAAUAGGAUCUCCAAUAAUUGUGAUUACAUUUAAAACUCGGCAGUAAAAAACGUGAGCAGUAAGUACCUGUUAUAAACACUAAAAAUAUACAUAAAUAUUCAUUUGUUAGAACUCAUUACAACAUAUUUUUAUAAAUGUUAUCUGUCAGUUCGACUUUUCAUGUUAUUUACUUCUAGGUUUGUGUACAAUAUACAUAGUUAUAGCGUAGGUUUUAUUUUACUUUAAAUAUUUAAUACCAUAUUUAAAAAUAAAUUGUAAUGCCACUAGAUUAUUCAAAUCCAUAUAUAAUUAAAUUCUUAAGUGAAAACUUUGAAAAAGAGACUAAAAGCCGUGUAGCCUGGUUCAUAAGAAAUCAUGAGGAAAUUUCUAAAAGGCUUAAGUUUUCAGCAAAUUACAAAGGAUACCACUUAGAAGAUGUUAUUCGAAAACCAAUAGAAAUGUUACUAAGAACCCUUUCUAGGCAACAUUUAGAAAAUAAUGUUAAUCGUCGAAAAGUGGCCCCUCAACAGGAUCCUAUAAAAUUUACGUACAAAGUUCAUAGGCCAAAAAAUGAUACACAAUUCUGCAGGUUUAUAACAGAAACUAUUAACAGUUUAAAAAACGAUGAAAUUAUGAAACCAGUUGAAGCUGAAGUACAAAAAAUGUUAUAUGGUGAUUUACCAAAUGGCGGACGAAGUCAGUACCUCAUUGCAAGAAAAAUGAAAACACCCAACGAAAAAUACUAUUCAGACCAAACUACAAAUCAAUUAAUAGGUUGGAAUUUUUCUGAUCACGAAGGACAAGGUCAAUCAGAAUACGGACGUAAAUAUUCCCUGAGUCGCGCGAACAGUCGCAGCGGUCCACAGCCAGAUCCAUGCUACUAUCAGCAACCUGCUAAAAACCCAUAUUCAAAAUGCUUAGAUUGAAAAGUCGGUGUAACUUCAAUAAAGUCUGUGGCAUACCUA